AUGAAUAUCGGAAAAACAAAAACCCUAUUCUUAUUCAGUUUGGGCCUCGAAAUUCCUAUCCGUCUCCACCUUCCUCCCCCCCACCCCCCCCGCCCCUCCGCGAAUCGCCGCUCCGUCGCCGGCUGCGACCGACCGAUCGAUCGGAGCACCGCCGUCCUCCUCCCUCGAUCAAUCUCUCUCUCCCUCGCAGGUACUUACUCGCUUUUAGAAAUGUCUUCAGCGUCCAAAUCCAAGUCUAAGGACAAGAAGUCUGGGAAGGAACCGAUAAAGGCUGCUUCCAAGCCCUCUGGACCUGCAACUGUGGGUUCUGGAGUCCCUGCCAGUGCAUACAACCCUCUUUUAGGAACAUUCCACUCUCUUGAAACGGUGUCAAGUUCAUCUGGUUCGCCUCUUCAAGCUAAUGGUCGCUUCAGGACUAUUAAUGAGACAGACGAGCAGACUGGCUCACUUGCUGUGGUUGUCGAAUUCGAUUCUGUCUCCAACAACGGCAGCUGGUCUGGUGAGUCGGAAGACCAUAAGGAAAACAAGUCCAAUCUUCCUGGUCGCCAGGAGUCUGUCCCAGGAGCCGACAAUGACAAAAGAGAGAAAAUCCGCCAAAAGAAUGAGAAGAAGCAUCAGCGUCAAAAAGAGAGACGAGCUCAGGAAUUGUACGAGCGAUGCAGUGGCUAUCUUAUGUCAAGAAAGCUUGAAGCACUUGCUCAGCAGCUCGUGGCAAUGGGCUUUUCUCAUGAACGGGCAACCAUGGCUCUUAUAAUGAAUGAAGGCAGGGUAGAAGAAUCAGUUGCAUGGUUGUUCGAAGGGGGUGAAGAGGCUGAUAAUCAGAAGGAUAAAAAGUUCGGUGGGACUAACUUGAAAAUUGACAUAACAGAAGAGCUUGCUCAGAUUACAAAUAUGGUAUCCAAGUUUAAAUGCUCGAAACAGGAGGUGGAGAGAGCUGUUGUCUCCUGUGAGGGCGAUCUUGAGAAGGCGGCGGAUUUGUUGAGAACUCAGAAGCAAGAAUUAUCUUCUGCUCCUUCUAAACCAGAAGAAACUGGAGAUUGUUCUAGUUUAAGUAAUGGCAAGCUUUCGUCAACUGCUGCCAUGAACUCUGGGAUGUUCCAGCUUAAACCAAAUCCGUCUUUGUCAGCCCAGCUGAGAAGAGAUGACAGAGACUAUAAUUACACGAGAAGUGCAGGGAAUGCAAGUGGUUAUUUGGAGUCCGGCCCGAAGAAUGUGCAGCUGGUGAAGAGAUUUCAGCAGAAGUUGGAAUGGAUGAAACCCCUACACUCUGCAAUGCCGGCUGAGAAGAGUCGACCUGGUGCUGGAUCCGGUUCAAUGGCAACACCUGUUCAGGUGUCGCCUUCACUGGCGAAAGGAGAGACCCGUUAUGUUGCUGUUGGAGGUGAAUUAAAACAUCUUCCUCUAGGAACAGUCCGGGAGCCGGUUAUCAUGAUGCAGCGACCACAAUCAGCCAAUGCAAAGCAGGUUCCUGCUAUAAGUGUUGGCUCGCCCCCUGGAACAGGUCCCGUUUGGCAUCCUUCUAAUGGCAUUGACAUUAUGAAGUCAGGUGCUUUGCUGCCUCAGAUUCCUAGCAGUAGAAGCCUCGGCACGGGCCAUCUGAGUUCAGGUCAGAUGUAUCCCCAGCUUUAUUAUCAUCAACAAUUGGGUCUCGGAAGCAGUCCGUUGGAGUCACCAGGGACAAGCCGAACUAUGGGUUUUCAACAGCAUCAACAAUUCAUACAAGGCGGUGGUUUGGGAGAUAUGCCUGGGACAAGCCGAGGUAAUGGUUCGUGGAGUAGAACGAGCGCACCUCCUACGCUCUCGGCUGCUUCUUCCCUUGGUCUGUUUUCUGGGUUGGGUUCUUCUGGUUCGUCAGGGGCUGCUUCUCCAGUGGACUGGAGCAACAGUACAGUGGGGCAGCAGUUUGAUUACACCAAUGUCGACUGGUCGUUGGAUCGGGGCUUGUCUUCCCCAAGAUCCACCAAUUGGUUGAUGGGGUUGACCACUUUAAUGAAGAACAAGGCGACCAUGUUCGAUUCAGAUGUUCCUACAGCGGGUGCCAACAUUGGCAUUAGACCUGCUCCCUCCAAUGGGAAUGGCGUUUCUCUCGUGGGACUUCAAGAUGCAUCGGGAGCUACUACUACAGACACAUCUGCUCCUGGUUCUCGGGAGUGGACGUCCCCUUUUGAAGGAAAGGAUCUUUUUAGCUUGCCUAGAGAGUUCGUCUCUUCCCCUUCUCUGUAGGCCUCUCAGAUAGGAUUCCAACGAGCAACGAAUAAAAUGGAAAAGAAAAAAGGAGACUUGAAAAGGAAAGAAUGGCAUUUGGAUUUCGUAUGUGUUA